CACCUCCUCAAAAAAAUUCUCUCUUACAAAUAUCCUCCUCGAGAGUUUUUCUGUCUAAACGCGCUCUCUCUCUCUCUCUCUCUAUAUAUAUAUAAAUAUCCCACUUCUUUUGCACCCAAAACCCAAAAACCAUAGUAGGGGUUCAUUUGAGUCUCUCUCUCUCUCUACAUAUCCAUUGAGUUUCUCUCUCUAAACGCUCUAUAUAUAAAUCUCCUACGCCCGUUGCACCCCAAUCUCGAACACGGAAGCACUGGUUUCUUUGAGUUUCUCUCUCCUCCACCAACUGCUGUCUCUCUCUCUCUCUCUCUUCAAACCGAUUCAAAUUUCUUUUUUCUCGAACCAGAGACCAUAAUUUCAUUCUCUCUCUCUCUCUUUCUCUCUACUGGACUAGAAAAUCAUGGUAGAAUUGAAGUGGAAGAAUCAGAUGGCCGAGCAACGAGAGCUGAACUCUGCAACAAACCAUAGAAAACCCAUCGCAAGCGAUUCCAUGCCUGUUCAUCACAAUUUUGUAGAGGACUCGGCUGAUCCUUUAAAGCUGAACCAGUCAGAUUGCUUAGCCUAUGAACAAUACCUUCACCUUGGCCGUUUAUGGGCUCUUUCUCGCUCUAGACAGUUCCCUGAAUGGAGGAACGAGCCUCUUCUGAAACCUUCACUCCAAGCCCUAGAAAUCACCUUCCGCUUCAUCUCUCUGGUUCUCUCUGAUCCUCGUCCUUACAUCAACAAAUCGGAGUGGAAACGAAGGCUAGAAUCCCUCGCUUGCCUUCAAAUCGAGCUCAUAGCUUCAAUCUGUGAAGAUGAUGAAGACGAUAGAGAAAACAUCGCAAGUUGCUCUGCUCCUACUGUGAAUCUCCAUCUCUCCAAUGGAGUCUUAACCAGAGGAGGCAGCUUACAAGAAGUGUGGAAGAUCAAUGGCGCUUCUUCUGCUCUGGUGAGUCAAACCAGUGAGCAAAGCCUGUUGCCAAGGUUGGGGGCAUGGCAGAAAUCACAGGACAUAGCCUCGAAGCUCUGGUUUUCAAUCGAGUGCCAUUUCCAGAGAGCCCCAUUUACCCUAGGGUUAGGAGAGCCAAACCUCUCUGGAAAACCAGUCCUGGAAUACGAUCUGGUGUGCAAGCCGUCAGAGGUCCACUCUCUAAAGAGAAGCCCUCUCGAUCCUCACCUCAACAACCACGAAAACCAGAGCCUUUACACAACGCACCAGAUCCGGGAGUCAUGGCUGAUCACUGCUCAAGAGCUCCUCAAAAGGAUCCACGAAACCCUAGAAUCCAAAGAUUUCAAGGCCUCUGCGAAGAACUGCUGGCUUCUCGAGAAGAUCUGGAAGCUACUGGCUGAGAUCGAGGACCUCCAUCUCCUCAUGGACCCCGACGACUUCCUCCGCCUCAAGAAACAGCUCGCCAUCAAAACUCCAACGGACUCCGGCGCCUUCUGUCUCAGAUCUAGGGUUUUAAUGGCGGUCUCGGAGGCCUGCAAAGAUCUAAAGCACAGAGUCCCUGCAAUCCUUGGCGUUGAAGCCGACCCCAGUGGCGGCCCAUCCCUUCAAGAAGAGGCCAUGAGACUGUAUCAUGGCCAUGGAAAUUGGAGCUCCAUCCAUUUGUUACAGGCUUUGCAGGCCAUUGAAGCAGGCCUGAAGAAGUUCUUCUUCUCUUACCAGCAGCUGGUUAUUGUGGUCAUGGGGAGCUCUGAAGCCAUGGGAAGCCAUGGAAACCCUAGAAAUGGAGCUUUGUCACAGUUGUUCAUGGACCCUCCAUAUUUUCCAAGCUUAGAUGCAGCCAAGACUUUCUUAGGUGAUUUCUGGCAAUACGAAGCAAAGGCCGCUAGUGUCAGGUUUAGCUGAUGACGAGAGAGAGAGAGAGAGAGAGACUAAUUAGACAGA